AUGGCCUCGCUGGACCUGCCGUACCGCUGCCCCCGCUGCGGGGAGCACAAGCGCUUCCGGAGCCUGUCGUCGCUGCGUGCUCACCUGGAGUACAGCCACACGUACGAGACGCUCUACAUCCUCUCCAAGACCAACAGCAUCUGCGACGGCGCCGCGGCCGCCGCCGCCGCCGCCGCCGCCGCCUCGGCCUUCCCGCUGACGCCCGAGCCCGCCGCCCUGCUGGCCGUGCCCGGCGCCCGGCGCGAGGUCUUCGAGAGCACGUCCUUCCAGGGCAAGGAGCAGGCGGCCGGCCCAUCGCCCGCCGCGCCGCACCUGCUGCACCACCAUCACCACCACGCGCCCCUCGCCCACUUCGCCGGCGACCUGGUGCCCGCCAGCCUGCCGUGCGAGGAGCUGGCCGAGCCGGGCCUCGUGCCCGCCGCCGCCGCCGCCGCCGCGCGCUACGCGCUGCGCGAGAUCGAGAUCCCGCUGGGGGAGCUGUUCGCGCGCAAGUCCGUGGCCUCCUCGGCUUGCUCGACGCCGCCGCCCGGGCCGGGCCCCGGACCCGCCUCCGCCUCGCCCGCGUCCCCCUCGCCCGCCGAUGUGGCUUACGAGGAGGGCCUGGCGCGCCUCAAGAUCCGCGCGCUGGAGAAGCUGGAGGUGGACCGGCGGCUGGAGCGGCUGAGCGAGGAGGUGGAACAGAAGAUCGCGGGCCAGGUGGGUCGGCUGCAGGCCGAGCUGGAGCGUAAGGCGGCGGAGCUGGAAACCGCGCGGCAGGAGAGCGCCCGCCUGGGGCGCGAGAAGGAGGAGCUGGAGGAGCGGGCAUCCGAGCUCUCGCGCCAGGUAGACGUGAGCGUGGAGCUGCUGGCCUCGCUCAAGCAGGACCUGGUGCACAAGGAACAGGAGCUGAGCCGCAAGCAGCAGGAGGUGGUGCAGAUCGACCAGUUCCUGAAGGAGACAGCGGCGCGGGAGGCCAGCGCCAAGCUGCGGCUGCAGCAGUUCAUCGAGGAGCUGCUGGAGCGUGCGGACCGCGCCGAGCGGCAGCUGCAGGUCAUCAGCAGCAGCUGUGGCAGCACCCCGAGCGCCAGCCUGGGCCGCGGAGGGGGAGGAAGUGGCGCUGGGCCUGUUACCCGGGGCCCCGGCAGAAUGCGAGAACACCACGCGGGCCCGGCCGUGCCUAGCACAUACGCCGUGUCGAGGCAUGGCUCCUCUCCCAGCACAGGGGCCUCCAGCCGUGUCCCCGCUGCAUCCCAGAGCUCAGGCUGCUAUGACAGUGACAGUCUGGAGUUACCCCGGCCAGAAGAGGGGGCCCCCGAGGACAGUGGCCCUGGGGGCUUGGGCACACGGGCCCAGGCUGCCAACGGCGGCUCGGAGCGCACCCAGGCCCCUCGCAGCUCAGGCCUGCGGCGCCAGGCCAUCCAGAACUGGCAGCGCAGACCCCGCCGACACAGCACGGAGGGGGAGGAGGGUGAUGUCUCAGACGUGGGCUCCCGAACCACGGAGUCAGAGGCUGAGGGCCCCUCAGAUGCCCCCCGCCCUGGGCCUGCUCUGGCUGGGCCACUGAGCAGCUGCCGGCUCUCAGCCCGCCCUGAGGGAGGCAGUGGGCGGGGUCGGCGAGCGGAGAGGGGCAGCCCCUCCUGCUCCAACGAGGUCAUCAGCCCGGAGAUCCUCAAGAUGCGAGCCGCCCUGUUCUGCAUCUUCACCUACCUGGACACACGCACGCUGCUGCACGCGGCCGAGGUCUGCCGGGACUGGCGCUUCGUGGCUCGCCACCCCGCGGUCUGGACACGGGUGCUGCUCGAGAACGCCCGCGUCUGUUCCAAGUUCCUGGCCAUGCUGGCUCAGUGGUGCACCCAGGCGCACUCGCUGACCCUGCAGAACUUGAAGCCCCGGCAGCGGGGCAAGAAGGAGAGCAAGGAAGAGUACGCGCGGAGCACCCGGGGCUGCCUCGAGGCGGGGCUGGAGUCCCUGUUGAAGGCGGCGGGGGGGAAUCUGCUGAUCCUGCGCAUCUCCCACUGUCCCAACAUUCUCACCGACCGCUCCCUCUGGCUGGCCAGCUGCUACUGCCGCGCCCUGCAGGCGGUCACCUACAGGAGCGCCACAGACCCCGUGGGCCAUGAGGUCAUUUGGGCCCUGGGCGCAGGCUGCAGAGAGAUUGUCUCCCUCCAGGUGGCGCCACUUCACCCUUGCCAGCAGCCCACGCGCUUCAGUAACCGCUGCCUGCAGAUGAUUGGUCGCUGUUGGCCGCACCUUCGGGCCCUGGGGGUUGGGGGUGCUGGCUGUGGGGUGCAGGGCCUGGCGUCACUUGCAAGAAACUGCAUGCGGCUGCAGGUCCUGGAGCUGGACCAUGUGUCGGAGAUCACCCAGGAGGUGGCAGCUGAGGUCUGCCGGGAAGGCCUGAAGGGACUGGAGAUGUUGGUGCUCACGGCCACCCCUGUCACCCCCAAGGCUCUGCUGCAUUUCAACAGCAUUUGCCGGAACCUCAAAUCCAUCGUGGUCCAGAUUGGGAUUGCUGAUUAUUUCAAAGAGCCCAGCAGUCCCGAGGCCCAGAAGCUGUUUGAGGAUAUGGUGACAAAACUCCAGGCCUUACGACGGAGGCCCGGCUUCUCUAAGAUCCUGCACAUCAAGGUGGACGGCGGCUGCUAACCCGGGCGGGGGGCGGCAGGGCCCCUGCCAGCCCCACACCAGGGCACUCUC